AGAGAGUGCGAGCAGGGGAGGGGCAGAUAGAGAGGGAGACACAGAAUCCAAAGCAGGCUCCAGGCUCUGAGCUGUCAGCCCUGAGCCCAAUGCAGGGCUCAAACUCACAAACUGUGAGAUCGUGACCUAAGCUGAAGUUCGGUACUUAACCGACUGAGCCACCCAGGUGCCCCUGAUCACUUCUGCAAAUCAUAAAGGUCACUUUGACUUUGGAAUUUAACCUCAAAGGCACUGACAUCCACCCCCUGCCUCUUACUUGAGCUUCUUCUACUGUUUCCUGUAUUACUAUAUUACUAAACUAGCAAUUCUAUUAUUUUGUUCAGAGUUGCCAUAUUUUAUUGUAAUUUUGGUCAUUUGGGGGAUUAUUGGAAUAGUGUUUUUAAAAUUAGAGUUAACUAAGUUUAUGUUUUGAUGGUUUUUUUGAGAUUUUUCAUUAUGAGCUGGAUAUUGCAAACUUCUAUUGCAAACUUUAUAUUUAGUAAAGUUUUUUUUUUUUUUACCCCAUCAAGAGCGUUCCCUAAAAACCACUACAACCAACAAAAAUUCUAAAGAUGAGAAAUGACAAAUAAAACCUUGAGAGAACUGUAUAGUGUGUGAGCUACCUCUGCAACAUACUUGCUCCUUGAGGGCAGGCACUAUGUCACACACAUCCCUCCAUAAAACUUGUCUGGCAUAUGUCCGAUGUGCAGAGUCAGCCAAGCAGCAGGUCAGCUUUGUCACAGCACCUGUAAUUCCUGCUCUGUCCUCCCAACCUUUGGGGUAUUUUGGAGGAGAGGCCAAAGGUGAGUCAGGGGUGUGUGUUACGCUCUUUUCUCCUUUGAAGAGAAAAGAUCAGUUGAAAGCUGACCCCACCUACAGACUUUUAUACUGUCUCUUUUUAUUAGUUAAUGGGUAGCUGAAAUUUUCCUCUUUGUUGACUUAUAUGUUGGCAGAAACUUUAAAAUUUACCUAGUCCUUCUAUCCUUUCCAUGCUGGAUGUGCUCCUCUUACAACAUCCUGGUCAAUAGGUAGCUUACCUUUUUUGUGCUUGGACAACUCUUAUGGUAGCUCCCUGCCUCUGCAGGCAGCUUAGUUCAUCUCUGGACAACUCUGAGUUUUAGAAAGAUCUUCUUAUAUACAGUUGUAGUCUGUCUCCUUGAGAAUUGUGCCCAUUGGCAUCUUCUCAGGCAUUUGCCUUAUAAAGUUUUAAGCCCUGUGUAAGUGACAGGGAUCCAAAAGGGGUACCUGUUACUGAACGGAUGCCUACUCUGCCAUUAAAGGAGUUAGACCUAGUGAGGAGCAUGGAGAUGAUUCCAUCUGGGGUGUUUUCCUGGAUAUUCUGAUUCAGUGGGUCUGAAAUAGUAUCUGGGAAUUUGUAUAUUGAAGAAAUAGCCACUUAUUUUUUUUUUUUAUUUUAAAAAUGGUUAUUUAGUUUUGAGAGUGGAGAGAGAGAGAGAGCAGGAGAGGGGCAGAGCCCAGUUAAUUUUUAUAUUAGGGAAGUUUGGAAUCAUUGCAGAGUGAAUCUGGGGAAAGUAAGGGUGUUUUGGGUUAGCAUUUGUUUGUUUGUUGUUCUUUGAUAGUACUAGAGAUAGGUUGCUUUGCCUGGGUCUUGUGGUCAUUUUUUCCCCUUGAGAAGAGUUUGAUUCUUGCUCACUAGGGAAGCUGCUCUGUAUCCCUAUAAGACUAAUAAAGUGAUUUGUUUUAUCUUAAAAAAAUAAUCUACAAACUAUUCAGAAUAUCAGGGCUGGUGUAUGUGUGCUGUGUGUGACUUUGGUGGAAGCCUCCUUAUCCCUUCAUCAGAAUGUUACAAAGAUGCCAGGAUACAUAGGUGUUCCACCGUCUUUUUGGUGUCCGCUAAGGAAUUCUGUUCUAGUCCUUGUGAAUGACACUGCCUUUUAGCAUGUCUGCUUUGUUAACCCAUGAACAUAUUACUUGUGUCAGGGAUUCCCCUCAGAUGUGUUAGUGCAAAAAGAUACAUGAAAGUCAGUCAUUUCAGGCAGUCCUGCCUUUGGGCUGUCUGGGCUCUGCAGCAAGUGGAAUAUGGAAGGGAGAAUAAAGGAGGAAUCAAGGGUCUUUUUUUAAAUAAAAAUUUUUAGGUUUAUUUAUUUAUUUUUUUGAGAGAGAAAGUGUGAGCUUAAGUGGGGGAAGGGUAGAGAGGGGAGAGGAAGGAUCCCAAGCAGUGGGAUGUGGGGCUCGAACUCAUGAACUGUGAGAUUGUGACCUGAACUGAAAUCAAGAGUUGGACACUUAACCGACUGAGUCACCGAGGUGCCCCAGGAAUCAAGGGUCUCUUGAGCAGAACAGAGCAUUCUGCAAGAAGGGGCCCGGGAGUGUUCCUCUGACAAGGACUUGAUGUUGCUGUCCCUUAUAGAAACUAGAUAGUGGCUUCAGAUCUGAAAGGAUAGGCUCCUGGCCUCUGGAUGGGACAAACCUGUAGUGUUAUUUGUAGGGGUAGGAGGUUUGCUAUAGAUCUGUUCUUUCUGUCGUCUCCUUUUUGAGGCAGAUACCAGCUGUGUGGCAGAAAAUACACUCUGAUCUUACAGAAAAGAGCAAAACCAAGAAGGGGAGGGGGGGAUGAUAAAAGCCAUAGCUUGGAGUGAUAAUUACUGUACUAAUUUAUUUAUAUGUGUAAGUAUAUAAGUUUCUACAUAAAACUCUGGUAGGAUCCCUAGUUAUUGGCUCUAAGGUUUAUUAUCUUUGUAGCUCUGCUGUCUUAGUGGUGUGUUAGAGAGGAUUGUGGUGUCUUGUCAUCCUUAAUUUGUGUAUUUCAUCAUGUGGCAGACAGUACAGGGUAUUCUGCUCUUGUAGAUGUGUGGGAAUCAUUGACCAAGUCAAAGAUAGGGCCCUGCCCCCAAGGAGCUGACAUCAUCAUGGAGAUAAGACAGAUGAGCACACAAUUAGGAAUAUGAAAUACAAGUCAUUUAGUCACUUAUCUACAGUCUCUGAAAGCAGUUUCCUGCAGUCAGAGUGACUAAGAGCUAUAGGGUCUGGGGGAGUAAACUUCAGGUCUACUAGGGAAUAGUGACCCCCAGCUCACUCCGACUGGGCUUGUCUGCUAUUCUCCCCUUUCUCUUUUGUAAUUUAGAAGUAUCUAAACUUAACUUGGGGGAAAAGAUAAAGACCCCUUUGUCUGGUAUGGGUCUAAAUGUAAGUUUGGCACAUGUUAUGGUAUCUGUUGUGUCUAUCACUGGGUUUGUGGCAAGAGAGAGAGGGCUGUUUUCUUAGUCCUUGAUGAGAAGCCCGAUCUAGGACAAGUUAAGGUGGAAAUAUCUUCUUUGGAAGACCUAGUUCUCAGUGGCAGUAGCUGAAGGAACUUCUUGUCACAGCCAGGCAAUGACUGAGGUACGGUAUGGACACACCCAGAGCUGCUGCCUCAGGUGGCAUUGAUUAAUCAUACUAACAUCUCCCUCACCCUCUGUGCUUGUCUUGGCAAAACCCCGUUCUACCAGCUCCUCAAAGUUUGUGUUUUAUUAGAUACGAUUGAACAAAGUCUUGGGGGUCAUUUUACUGUCCCUUGCCACCCGUGAACUGCAGGCUAGUUACCUUGGUCCAGCUCUGGUGUCCUUGGUCUUUGAUCAUUCAGUGAGGGGCCUGGGUCUUUCUUCCCAUUGGACUGAAGCACCUUCCCAGAGACCUGCCUGAGGCAGUUUCUGGUCUUCAAGUCACUUCCUUUCAGAAUAUUGGCAGCUGGGUAGUGACUCUGGUUCUUUGAAUACAUCAGCCAGACAUCAUGCCAAGAUGGACUCAUUGCUUCACAAAGACACGUUGGGUCUAUGGGUGUUGCAGAACCUGUUUCUGGGUUAAGAGUAGCUCCCCCACCCUUCUAUAUAUUUAAUCAUAUGAAGAAAGCUUGUGUGUAUUUUGUGAGGUAAGGAAAACAUGACGAUAAUAUUUUGAUUGGAGUCAGAUAUUGCCUCUUUAAUAAUAUGUUGUCUUUUAACAAAUAGCAUCACUUUAAACUACAAUUUUGCUUGCUGAAUGAAGUAUUGCACAAGAAGCUGUGGUUACAUUCUAAAGUAUAGUAGCUUGUUCAGAAGCAGGUGCAUUUAAAAUGGUUGUUGUUUGCUUCUUUUUCAUCUCUUUUUAUUCUCAUCUGUCUUUUGUGAGGAGAUUCUGGGAAGCUUUUUUAAGCCUUGAAGAUUAAAUAGUCUAUUUUAACUAGACCCUAAGAAGGGGAGGUUGCUAUGCUGACAUAUUUAUCCAACAUUCAAAUAAGAAUAAUCAAAUAGUGUUUACUCACUAAUGUCUUUUGUUAAGUUUCUGAAUAUAAAUAGUCAGAAAACUAGAUAGUGCUAAUGUGUUAAUUUCUCUAAAUUGAAAUGUGGUAAGCUGCAAAGAAACUGCCAUUUAAUUCUCUGCUUUCACAUGCCUUGGUCCAUCCAGAAAAGUGUCGAGACUCGUUGAAGUUUGAGGAUGUGUAUAUUUUGAUUAUUAUUUUUAAUGUCUUUCUUUGCUCUGAACAUGCCUUUAUUUAUUUGCUAGAUCUUUUUUAAUUGGAAAUGUUAAGGACAUUUACUUUAUUGCAACAUUUAAAACACUUUCUAAUCUUUAUGAGGAUUAUUAGAGGAAAAACAUAUCUUGUGAAUCAUGCAAGUCCUUGGUAGUAUGUUACUAUUUAAAGUAAGUGACAAUAUUUCAUGACUCCUGUGACAUAUACUUCCUAAGAGAUUUAAAGAAAAUGGUUGUAACUAAAAACAAGCAUUGUAAUAUUUUAAGGUAGGUUUACAAAGUAACAGUUAUUCUUCGUGUUUACACAUAAUUAACUAGUAUUUAUACUUUGUUGAUUUUCUCUGGCACCUUUACAAGGUUUUUUUAAUUAAAAAAAUUAAAAAAAAUUUUUUUUAAAUCUUUAUUUAUUUUUGAGAAAGAGACGAGGGUGAGCAGGGGAGAAGCAGAUAGAGAGGGAUACACAGAAUCCAAAGCAGGCUCCAGGCCCUGAGCUGUCAGCACAGAGCCCAACGUGGGGCUUGAACCCACAAACCGCAAGAUCAUGACCUGAGCCGAAGUUGGACCCUCAACUGACUGAGCCACCCAGGUGCCCCCUAAUUAAAAUUUUUAAAAAUUGUUUACUUAUUUUUGAGAGAGAGAGAGCCCGAGUGUGAGUGGGGGAGGGGCAGAGAGCGAGGGAGAUACAGAAUCCGAAGCAGGCUCCAGGUUCUGAGCUGUCAGCACGGAGCCCCACGCGGGGCUGGAAUUCAUGAAUUGGAUCGUGACCUGAGCCAAAGUCGGACGCUUAACUGACCGAGCCACCCAGGUGCCCCUACAGGAUUUUUUUUGGAGGGGGAGGUUAUUUAAAAAGUAAUUACAUUUAAAAGUAGUUAAGGACAUUGAAAAAUCUAGAAAACUAUGAGAAAAAUAUUCAUAAUCAUACUAUUAAUAUUUUAGUGUACUCUUGGUUUCUUUUUUCUACCCUUAGUUUUAUUUAUUUAUUUAUUUAUUUAUUUAUUUAUUUAUUUAUUUAUUUAUAAAAAAUGUUUAUUUUUGACAGGGGUGGGGGGAAACAGGAUCCGAAGCAGGCUCCAUCUGACAGCAAAGAGCCUGAUGCGGGGCUCAAACUCAUGAACUGUGAGAUCAUGUCUUGAGCCAAAGUCAGACACUUAACUGACUGAGCCACCCAGACACCCCACUACCUUUAGUUUUAAAAAGUUAUUGAUUAAUGAUGUAUAUGCACAGUUUUCUGUACUGCCUUUCUUUGGUAGUUAUAAAUGUUUUUCAUAUUUUCAAGCAUUUUCCAUAAAUUGAUGUUUUUUGGUUAAAUAAUAUUCUUGUUAAUGGGGUUACUAGUUUUGACCAUUUUUUGAUUGGAUAUUUAGUUGGUUCCACUUUUUUUUCUAUAUAAAUGAUGCUGAUCACCUUCAUACAUAAAAAAAAAUUCCUCAUUAGGAUUUUUCCCCAUUAAACUAGAUUUGCAGAAGAAAAAUUACUGCGUCAAAGAGGGUAAUUUUUUAAAAUUGGGAAACAAUUUAAAAAUAAAAAGGAAAGCAUAAGAGAAAAUUAAAAUCUCCAAUAAGUCUAUCCCUUCCAACCAAAACCCACAGUUAAUAUUUUGAUAGAUUCUAGACAGUUUUUUUCUGUCUGUUAUUGCAGUUGGCAUUUUAGCAUAUGUAUAGUUUUAUCAUUUGCUUCUGCACUACUUAAGAUAUUGUGAACAUUUUCCUAUAUGUAAAUGUUCUUUAAGAAUAUUAAAGGGUGUAUACUGUUCUGUCUUAAGGAUCUGUUAUAUAUAAUUUAAACUGAAACCAAUUCUCAGUUGCCAACUUUCAUAAUUGUGAAUAAUGCUAUAAUGAACAUUCGUACAUUUAAAUCUUGGUAGGAAUAUUUAUUUUGUUAACAUAAGCUCUCAGAAGUCAGUAUUUUGUAUCAGAGUAUGGACUUACCUGUGACUUUGAUACACACUGCCAAAUUCCUUUCCAUAUAGUUUGACCAAGUUGUAUUUCCAUUGGCAGAAUAUGAAACUGUGUUCCCACCUGUGUUCAACCCUAGUUUUUAUUUUUAAAACUCUUAACCAAUUUGAUAAGUGGUAAAGGCUACCUCAUCUUAACUUGCCUCCCUGAUUAUACAGUGAUACUGAGUGGUUUUUCAAAUGGUUGGUGGCCACUUCUUAUUUACUUAUUUUGAUAAAUUGUGUCUUUUACCCCUCAAGGUAUUCAUUUUUUGGUUACUGAUUUGAAAAAGCUGUUUAUAUUAAGUGUAUUAGUUCUUUGUCUUAAAUGUGUUGCAACAUGCAUGGACAGGUUAAAUUGCAUAAUAUCAAAUUGCUACCAAUAUUGAUUUCAAAAAUUGUUUAUCUGAUAGGUUUUCAAUCCUUUGAUUUGCAAUGAGCUUCAUCAAUUUUCUUUUUAACUGGUAAUUUUAAUUUUAAUUUUAAUCUUGUAAUUUUCUUGUUAACUGGUAUUUUCUAUAGCUACUUUAAAAUUCUAAUCUGACUGUAUCAUAAAACAAAAAGCUGUCAGUUGUAUGUGCUCAGGAAAUGCACAUAUAACAUUUUAUAAAAAUAUACUGGAGGGAAACUGUAUAUUCUGGAACUAAAUAUGUGAUUUUGGUGGGUUGAGGGUAAGCUGCUUAUGUCCUGUUUUCCUGGACAUCCAAGAUUCUUUGAAGUAUGUAACAUCCCUGAAAGGCAGGACUAAUGCACUACUAAAUCUGACAUUUUGACCUAAUUGAUAAUUGUACUGUGGUUUAGCCAGUCAGUUUGGUCAGACAACAGGAUGACUAAGAUUCCCUCCCCUCUCUCCUCACCAAAUUGAUUAGUUGUGGGACAGAACUGACUCAAUCAACCUGUUGUUUUGGCACCCUGUGGACACCACCUGUUUCUUCCAUUUCUCCCUCCAGCCUCCCACUGCCCUAGUGCAGUGCUGUGUGCACAGUGGGUAGGAGAUCAAUGUUGUUGCUGAAGAAUGUUGCAAUAAAGAAGAGUAGACUGCUUUUUUUUUCAAGCUUGUAUGUUCUUAAGGUACCCUGCUGCUUUUGACAUUAAGAGCUCCAGCUGAACUGUUGUAUGUGGAAGCCCUGCAGGUCUUAAGUGUUUGAUUCAGAGUAAUUUCAGGCAAUAUGAAUGCUUUCUUAAGUAUCAUUGGAAUUUACUGGGCUGGUUGUUUGCCAGCUAUUACCAUAUUUAGCAGGAAGAGACCUGGGGAACAAGGACAUUUCUGACCAACCAAAGAAGGAAACCUUUCUGAAGAGGAUUGUGACUAUUUUUUAGGUGUGGUUAAGAGAAUGCCAGUUAGAGAGAUUCCGGUUUGUGUCCAGUUGUCUUUGUUUCUAUGCCCCAUCCACAAAAUUAAUUUAUGGGUGGGAAAAGAGAUUUGAUAGUGAAGCUCUUUCUCACCCUGAAGUCUAAUACUGUUUCUGGGAGGAAAUUAGAGAAUUCUUACACCUAGACUGUGCAUUGAGAGGCUUAAUUAACAGGUGAAGCUGCUGAUUAAAAACAGGUUGAGGGGUAUUUAUUUUCAUCUUUCUUUUUGAAGGCUUACUUAUUUUCUGCUUUGUCAUGGUCUGAAUUUAUUUUGGCCUAGUCCUUUUCUCCAUCCUACUUUUGGAACUGCCAGCCUUCCCUCUAUGGCUUAAAAUUUCUCUGCCUGUUUUUCCAUUUUAAAGAUGAAGAUACUAUUUGGAAGGAUCAUUCAAUAUAACUGACAUACAACUUAUUUUCAUAAAGUAAAACAACCCCAACGUUUACAUAGCAAUGUAGAGUUUACAGAGCCUUCUUAUAAUUGCCUCGUUUAUUCUUCAUAAAACCUUAGUGGAAACUGAGCCUCAGAGGGGUUAUUUGGCUUGUAUACCAUUGUUUAACCCUAGAUAAUAAGUGACAGGGCUGGGGAUAUAAACUUGUGGUUUGACUUUUUAAACUUCAGCUUUUUAAAAAAAAAAAAAAACAUUUUGUUGAAUUCUUACUAUGUGUCUCAUUCUGCUAGGGCUUUACGUAUAUUUCCUCACUUAAUUUACAUGGCUAUCCUUUAGGGUAGACAGUAUUUAACUGUUUUACAGACAAGGAAAUUGGAACUGAGAUUCACAGCUUUGGAUGAUGGGGUGAAUAAUGUGGUUAAUGAAGAAUGGAGACAGAAUUCAAGCAUCUGCAGUCAACGAUGGAGCUUUAUCAUUGCAGUGUCGGGACAGCUAUGAGCCCUGUGUAAAUGAAGGAAUAUGUGUUACCUACCACAAUGGUACAGGAUACUGCAAAUGUCUGGAGGGCUUCUUGGGAGAAUAUUGUCAACAUCGAGACCCCUGUGAGAAGAACCGCUGCCAGAAUGGGGGGACGUGUGUGGCCCAGGCCAUGUUGGGGAAAGCCACAUGCCGAUGUGCUCUGGGGUUCACAGGUGAUGACUGUCAGUACUCAACUGCUCACCCCUGCUUUGUGUCUCACCCCUGCCUGAAUGGAGGCACCUGCCAUGUGCGUAGCCGGGACGACUAUGAGUGUACCUGCCAAGUUGGUUUUACAGGUAAGCUGUGCCAAUGGACCGAUGCCUGCCUAUCUCAUCCCUGUGCAAAUGGAAGUACAUGCACCACUGUAGCCAACCAGUUCUCCUGCAGAUGCCUCGCAGGCUUCACAGGACAGAAGUGUGAGACUGACGUCAAUGAGUGUGACAUCCCAGGACAGUGUCAGCAUGGUGGCACCUGCCUCAAUCUGCUGGGUUCCUAUCAGUGCCAAUGCCCCCAGGGCUUCACAGGCCAGCACUGUGACAGCCCCUAUGUGCCCUGUGCACCCUCCCCCUGUGUCAAUGGAGGCACCUGCCGGCAGACUGGUGACUUCACAUUUGAAUGCAACUGCCUUCCAGGUUUUGAAGGGAUCACCUGUGAGCGGAAUAUUGAUGACUGCCCUAACCACAAGUGUCAGAAUGGAGGAGUUUGUGUGGAUGGGGUUAAUACUUACAACUGCCGCUGCCCCCCUCAGUGGACAGGACAGUUCUGCACAGAGGAUGUAGACGAGUGUCUGCUGCAACCUAACGCUUGUCAGAACGGAGGCACCUGCACCAACCGCAACGGGGGCUAUGGCUGCGUGUGUGUCAAUGGCUGGAGUGGAGACGACUGCAGUGAGAACAUCGAUGACUGCGCCUUCGCCUCCUGCACUCCCGGCUCCACGUGCAUUGACCGCGUGGCCUCCUUCUCUUGCAUGUGCCCUGAAGGAAAGGCAGGUCUCUUGUGUCAUUUGGAUGAUGCAUGCAUCAGCAAUCCUUGCCAUAAGGGGGCACUGUGUGAUACCAACCCCCUGAACGGGCAGUAUAUUUGCACCUGCCCCCAAGGCUACAAAGGCGCUGACUGCACAGAAGAUGUGGAUGAAUGUGCCAUGGCCAAUAGCAAUCCUUGUGAGCAUGCAGGAAAAUGUGUGAAUACAGAUGGUGCCUUCCACUGUGAAUGUCUGAGGGGCUAUACAGGGCCUCGUUGCGAGUUGGAUAUCAAUGAGUGCCAUUCCGACCCCUGCCAGAACGAUGCGACCUGUCUGGAUAAGAUUGGAGGCUUCACGUGUCUGUGCAUGCCAGGUUUCAAAGGUGUGCAUUGUGAACUGGAGAUAAACGAAUGUCAGAGCAACCCUUGUGUGAACAAUGGUCAGUGUGUAGAUAAAGUCAAUCGCUUCCAGUGUCUGUGUCCGCCUGGUUUCACUGGGCCAGUUUGCCAGAUUGAUAUUGAUGACUGUUCCAGUACUCCGUGUCUGAAUGGGGCAAAGUGUAUUGAUCACCCAAAUGGCUAUGAAUGCCAGUGUGCCACAGGAUUCACUGGUGUGUUGUGCGAGGAGAACAUCGACAACUGUGACCCUGAUCCUUGCCACCAUGGCCAGUGUCAGGAUGGGAUUGAUUCCUACACCUGCAUCUGCAACCCGGGGUACAUGGGUGCCAUCUGCAGUGACCAGAUAGAUGAAUGUUACAGCAGCCCUUGCCUGAAUGAUGGUCGCUGCAUUGACCUUGUAAAUGGCUACCAGUGCAACUGCCAGCCAGGCACGUCAGGUGUUAAUUGUGAAAUCAAUUUUGAUGACUGUGCAAGUAACCCUUGUGUCCACGGAGUCUGUAUGGAUGGCAUUAAUCGUUAUAGUUGUGUCUGCUCACCGGGAUUCACAGGGCAGAGAUGUAACAUCGACAUUGAUGAGUGUGCCUCCAAUCCCUGUCGCAAGGGUGCGACGUGCAUCAACGACGUGAAUGGUUUCCGCUGUCUAUGCCCCGAGGGACCCCAUCACCCCAGCUGCUACUCACAGGUGAACGAGUGCCUGAGCAGUCCCUGCAUCCAUGGGAACUGUACCGGAGGCCUCAGCGGAUACAAGUGUCUCUGUGAUGCAGGCUGGGUUGGCGUCAACUGCGAAGUGGACAAAAAUGAAUGUCUUUCUAACCCAUGCCAGAAUGGAGGAACUUGUGACAAUCUGGUGAACGGAUACAGGUGUACUUGCAAGAAGGGCUUUAAAGGCUAUAACUGUCAGGUGAAUAUUGAUGAAUGUGCUUCAAAUCCCUGCCUGAACCAAGGAACCUGCUUUGAUGACAUAAGUGGCUACACUUGCCACUGUGUGCUGCCAUACACAGGCAAGAAUUGUCAGACUGUGUUGGCUCCCUGUUCCCCAAACCCAUGUGAAAAUGCUGCUGUUUGCAAAGAGGCACCAAAUUUUGAGAGCUACACCUGCCUGUGUGCCCCUGGCUGGCAAGGUCAGCGGUGUACAAUUGACAUUGAUGAGUGUGUCUCCAAGCCUUGCAUGAACCAUGGUCUCUGCCAUAACACCCAGGGCAGCUACAUGUGUGAGUGUCCUCCAGGCUUCAGCGGUAUGGACUGUGAGGAGGACAUCGAUGACUGCCUUGCCAAUCCUUGCCAGAAUGGAGGUUCCUGUGUAGAUGGAGUGAAUACUUUCUCCUGUCUGUGCCACCCUGGCUUUAUUGGGGAUAAGUGUCAGACAGACAUGAAUGAGUGUCUGAGUGAACCGUGUAAGAAUGGAGGGACCUGCUCCGACUAUGUCAACAGUUACACUUGCAAGUGCCAGGCGGGAUUUGAUGGAGUCCACUGUGAGAACAACAUCGAUGAGUGCACUGAGAGCUCCUGUUUCAAUGGUGGCACGUGUGUCGACGGGAUUAACUCCUUCUCUUGCUUGUGUCCUGUGGGCUUCACUGGCCCCUUCUGCCUCCAUGAGAUCAAUGAAUGCAACUCUCAUCCAUGCCUAAAUGAAGGAGUAUGUGUUGAUGGCCUGGGUACCUACCGCUGCACCUGCCCCUUGGGCUACACUGGCAAAAACUGUCAGACCCUAGUGAACCUCUGUAGUCGGUCUCCAUGUAAAAACAAAGGUACUUGCGUUCAGGAAAAAGCAGAGUCCCGGUGUCUGUGUCCGUCUGGAUGGGCUGGUGCUUACUGUGAUGUGCCCAAUGUAUCCUGUGAGGUGGCGGCUUUCCACAGAGGGGUGUCCAUUGACCACCUGUGCCAGCACUCUGGCAUCUGCAUCAAUGCUGGAAACUCGCAUCAAUGCCAGUGCCCCCUGGGCUACACCGGGAGCUACUGUGAGGAGCAGCUCGAUGAGUGCUCGUCCAACCCCUGCCAGCACGGAGCCACUUGCAGGGACUUCAUCGGCGGGUAUAGAUGUGAGUGUGUCCCAGGAUAUCAGGGUGUCAAUUGUGAGUAUGAAGUGGACGAGUGCCAGAAUCAGCCAUGCCAGAACGGAGGCACCUGUGUCGACCUUGUGAACCAUUUCAAGUGCUCCUGUCCACCAGGCACUCGAGGCCUGCUCUGCGAAGAGAACAUUGACGACUGUGCCGGCGGUCCCCACUGCCUUAACGGUGGUCAGUGUGUGGAUAGGAUUGGGGGCUACAGUUGCCGCUGCUUGCCCGGCUUUGCAGGAGAACGGUGUGAGGGGGACAUCAACGAGUGCCUCUCCAACCCCUGCAGCUCUGAGGGCAGCCUGGACUGCAUACAGCUGACCAACGACUACCUGUGUGUCUGCCGCAGUGCCUUCACUGGUCGUCACUGUGAAACUUUCGUCGAUGUGUGUCCGCAUAUGCCUUGCCUGAAUGGGGGAACUUGUGCUGUGGCCAGCAACAUGCCCGAUGGUUUCAUUUGUCGUUGUCCCCCGGGAUUCUCCGGGGCAAGAUGCCAGAGCAGCUGUGGACAAGUGAAGUGCAGGAGAGGGGAGCAGUGUGUGCACACGGCCUCAGGACCCCGCUGCUUCUGCCCCAACCCCCAGGACUGCGAGUCAGGCUGUGCCAGUAGCCCCUGCCAGCACGGGGGUAGCUGCUACCCUCAGCGCCAGCCUCCUUAUUACUUCUGCCAGUGUUCUCCACCAUUCUGGGGCAGCCACUGUGAGCUUUACACGGCCCCCACCAGCACCCCUCCUGCCACCUGUCUGAGCCAGUAUUGUGCCGACAAAGCUCGGGACGGCGUCUGCGAUGAGGCAUGCAACAGCCAUGCCUGCCAGUGGGAUGGGGGUGACUGUUCCCUGACCAUGGAGAACCCCUGGGCCAACUGCUCUUCCCCACUUCCCUGCUGGGAUUACAUCAACAACCAGUGUGAUGAGCUGUGUAACACGGCCGAGUGCCUUUUUGACAACUUUGAAUGCCAAGGGAACAGCAAGACGUGCAAGUAUGACAAAUACUGUGCAGACCACUUCAAAGACAACCACUGUGACCAGGGAUGCAACAGUGAGGAGUGUGGCUGGGAUGGGUUGGACUGUGCUGCUGACCGGCCGGAGAACCUGGCGGAGGGGACCCUGGUUAUAGUGGUGCUCAUGCCCCCAGAGCAGCUUCUCCAGGAUGCCCGCAGCUUUUUGCGGGCACUGGGCACCCUGCUCCGUACCAACCUGCAGAUUAAACGGGACUCCCAGGGGGUACUCAUGGUCUACCCCUAUUAUGGUGAGAAGUCGGCUGCCAUGAAGAAGCAGAGGAUGAUACGCAGGUCCCUUCCUGGUGACCAAGAACAGGAGGUGGUUGGCUCCAAGGUGUUUCUGGAAAUUGACAACCGCCAGUGUGUUCAAGAUUCAGACCAGUGUUUCAAGAACACGGAUGCAGCAGCAGCUCUUCUGGCCUCUCACGCCAUCCAGGGGACCUUGUCCUACCCUCUUGUGUCCGUCGUCAGUGAAUCUCUGACUCCAAAAGGUACUCAGCUUCUCUAUCUACUUGCUGUUGCCGUUGUCAUUAUCCUGUUUAUUAUCUUGCUGGGAGUUAUCAUGGCGAAACGAAAGCGUAAGCAUGGCUCCCUCUGGCUGCCUGAAGGUUUCACCCUUCGCCGAGACUCCAGCAAUCACAAGCGCCGUGAGCCAGUGGGACAGGAUGCCGUGGGGCUGAAAAAUCUCUCAGUGCAAGUCUCAGAGGCUAACCUAAUUGGUUCUGGAACAAGUGAACAUUGGGUUGAUGAUGAAGGGCCCCAGCCAAAGAAAGCCAAGGCUGAAGAUGAGGCUUUGCUCUCAGAAGAAGAUGAUGCCAUUGAUCGACGUCCAUGGACACAGCAGCACCUUGAGGCUGCAGAUAUCCGCAGGACGCCAUCGCUGGCACUCACUCCUCCACAGGCAGAGCAGGAGGUGGAUGUGUUGGAUGUGAAUGUCCGUGGCCCAGAUGGGUGCACCCCACUGAUGCUGGCUUCCCUCCGAGGAGGCAGCUCAGAUAUGAGUGAUGAAGAUGAAGAUGGAGAGGACUCUUCUGCCAACAUCAUCACAGACUUGGUCUACCAGGGUGCCAGCCUGCAGGCCCAGACAGACCGGACUGGUGAGAUGGCUCUGCACCUUGCAGCGCGCUACUCAAGGGCUGAUGCCGCCAAGCGUCUCCUGGAUGCAGGUGCAGACGCCAACGCCCAGGACAACAUGGGCCGCUGCCCUCUCCAUGCUGCAGUGGCAGCUGAUGCCCAGGGGGUCUUCCAGAUUCUGAUCCGCAACCGAGUAACUGAUCUGGACGCCAGGAUGAACGAUGGCACUACACCACUGAUCCUGGCCGCCCGCCUGGCUGUGGAGGGAAUGGUGGCAGAACUGAUCAACUGCCAAGCAGAUGUGAAUGCAGUAGACGACCAUGGAAAAUCCGCUCUUCACUGGGCAGCUGCUGUCAAUAACGUGGAGGCAACCCUUUUGCUGUUGAAAAACGGGGCCAACCGAGACAUGCAAGACAACAAGGAAGAGACACCUCUGUUUCUUGCUGCCCGGGAGGGAAGCUAUGAAGCAGCCAAGAUCCUGUUAGACCAUUUUGCCAAUCGGGAUAUCACAGACCACAUGGAUCGUCUUCCCCGGGAUGUGGCUCGGGACCGCAUGCACCAUGACAUCGUGCGCCUCCUAGACGAGUACAAUGUGACACCGAGCCCUCCAGGCACUGUGCUGACUUCUGCCCUCUCACCUGUCAUCUGUGGGCCCAACAGAUCUUUCCUCAGCCUAAAGCACACCCCAAUGGGCAAGAAGCCUAGACGGCCCAAUACCAAGAGUGCCAUGCCCACUAGCCUCCCUAACCUUGCCAAGGAGGCCAAGGAUGCCAAGGGUAGUAGGAGGAAGAAGUCUCUGAGUGACAAGGGUCAGCUGUCUGAGAGUUCAGUGACUUUAUCCCCAGUUGAUUCUUUAGAGUCUCCUCACACAUAUGUUUCUGACACCACAUCCUCUCCAAUGAUUACAUCCCCUGGAAUCUUACAGGCCUCACCCAACCCUAUGUUGGCCACUGCUGCACCCCCUGCCCCAGUCCAUGCACAGCAUGCACUGUCCUUCUCUAACCUGCAUGAAAUGCAGCCUUUGGCUCACGGGGCCAACACUGUGCUUCCCUCAGUGAGCCAGCUGCUAUCCCACCACCACAUUGUUCCCCCAGGCAGUGGCAGUACGGGGAGCUUGGGCAGGCUCCAUCCAGUCACUGUUCCAGCAGAUUGGAUGAACCGUAUGGAGAUGAAUGAGACCCAGUACAAUGAGAUGUUUAGUAUGGUUCUGGCUCCAGCUGAGGGCACGCACCCUGGCAUAGCUCCCCAGAGCAGACCACCUGAAGGGAAGCAUAUAACUACCCCUCGGGAGCCCUUGCCCCCCAUUGUGACUUUCCAGCUAAUCCCCAAAGGCAGUAUUUCCCAACCAGCAGGGACUCCCCAGCCUCAGUCCAACUGCCCCCCACCUGUUGCAGGCCCUGUGCCCACCAUGUACCAGAUUCCAGAAAUGGCUCGUUUGCCUAAUAUGGCUUUUCCCACUGCCAUGAUGCCCCAGCAGGAUGGGCAGGUUGCUCAGACCAUUCUCCCAGCCUAUCAUCCUUUCCCAGCCUCUGUGGGCAAGUAUCCCACACCACCUUCACAGCAUAGUUAUGCUUCCUCAAAUGCUGCUGAGCGAACACCCAGUCACAGUGGUCACCUCCAGGGUGAGCAUCCCUACCUGACACCAUCCCCAGAGUCUCCUGACCAGUGGUCAAGUUCAUCACCCCACUCUGCUUCUGACUGGUCAGAUGUGACCACCAGCCCUACCCCUGGGGGUGCUGGAGGAGGUCAGCGGGGACCUGGAACACACAUGUCUGAGCCACCGCGCAGCAACAUGCAGGUGUAUGCAUGAAAGAGUCUGCCUCCAGUGUAGGGACAGAACUGCCUAUUGUAAAUGCUGCUGAGGAACAAAUGAAGGUCAUCCGGGAGAGAAAUGAAGAAAUCUCUGGAAUCAGCUUCUGGAAGCAGGAGGAAGAAGAUGCUUUUAUCUUUUAGAUAAUGCAAGAAGCAAUUUUGUCAGCUUCACUGGGUAUCUGCAGGAUUUGGGGUGGGAGGAACAUGGUUCCUUUCAGUCUCUUACCCAUCAAGCCAAGUUUGUGGAAACUCAAGAUGAAUACAAGACUUGGGGCCACGUUUACUCUUUUCUCUUUGGAGAAAAGAAUGGAUGCCUGUUGUAGCCCAGAAAUUCUUGCAGCCUGGACUGCAUUUUAAGCCCUGGGGGCUUCUGCCAUAUCCAUGAGAAGAUUUUACAUACAGUCCUGUUGGGAAUUGUACCUUGGAAUUCUGCCCAAGUUGACUUAUCUCAUCUUCUCUUACUUGGAAAUUCUUCUGACUUCAUUUGGUGCUUUAAUUUUUGCACCUCUCUGUGGUUGUACUCCCCCCACACCCCCAGCAUGGUAUAGGGCAACGUGCUUUUAAUCAUUCCUGCUCUGAGAAGCAAUUUCAGCCUCCUUUCCCCUCUUCUCCCAGUGUCCCCAGGAAUAUCACAGGGUUUGCUUCGGUUAUGGUUCUCAGCAUACACCUUUCAAGUAUGUUUCUUUAGAAAACGGAUUCAUUGCAGUCUCCUACAUAAUGUCAUUCCUAGAAGAGGAAGGGGAGCAAGACAUUUUUCUUUGAACCCAUUUUGGAGACAGAAGUCCUUUUCAAGAGACUGCACCUUAGUUCUCUUGCCUGCAUGCAGGGCUUUAUGUAAACCUUACCAGGAAGAAGGAUAAGAAUUGGUUGUUUUCCCAUUUGUGGGCCUAGUCAGUGGGAAGUUUUAUCAUUGGCAGUGCAGGUACUAUGAGCCCCUUAAAACAAAUAAACAAACAAACAAGAAACAGACAAAGAUGUGGAAUGUUGGAAUGACCAAGAGAUAAGCUAACUCAUGUGAGAAGUGGUUAUCCACUAACAAGUCCUUUUCCUUCUCUCCCAGCAUUCCAUUGACGGCCUGUGCAAAACACAUUUGUUCCCAGAUCUCAGAACCCCUGGCCUACUUCACUCACUCAUCCAGCAGUAAAGCUAGCCUUAGUUGUUGAGACUUUCCUUCCAUAGAAGAAAAUGUCUCAAACGAUGCUUCCUCGCCACUCAGAGCUGAACUCUGUUUGGCUCGAGGGACCCCGUGCCAGCCGGGUUCCUUUUGUGGAGGGAUUGCAGUCUCUGCUUUCUGAGGCUGUUUCUGACCGCAGGCCUGCUCACCAGCCCUUCGCUGUGCGUGCAGUCUGAGUUAUUGGUGCACCCAAGUAGGUUCUCACCGAACGCAUGGACUUUUCUGUGUUCAAGUGCAGGAGAUAGAAAGAAAGCUAACCUAGUUUUCUGGGAUCAAGCCAGCCCCGUACAAAGGUUGGAACUAUGAGGCGGCCUUUGCUAUUUUUUGCUACCAUUCCUUUUGUUUUGAGGCAGUCGUGGCGUUCCCUUUCAGGCAACUAACAUAGAAACUUUACUGUGGACAUUUUCCUUUCCCGGAGUUGCCUUGUAGAUAAUGAUGGACAAUUAAAGACUGUCUUUGUCAUUCUCAUGCUCAGAUUAUGGUUAUAUUUUACUUGAGUCGGCUCUCUGUAUUUGUGGUCUUGGCACCUUCUGUGACACUCUGUCAAGGGCAGAAGCAUUCUAGUCAACACUAGAAAUAGGAAUAUCGUUUUCUUCCUCUUGUCCCUGAGUCAUCCAAUAGUGGAUCCUGUGGCCACACUGUCAUCUCUGCCCGGUGCUGUGAUGUCAUGACACCUGGGAAAUUAGUUCUGCUGGGGCAUUUUGUAGAUAAUGACAGGUGAAUUGCCUACUCUGUUUGAAUGGUAGUCUUCAUUACUGCCUUGGCUAGGAGUACCCGUCAGAGCAUUCCACUUAACGUGAUUUAUCUGUUUGUGGCCCCGUAUGGAACCCCUGAGUGUCUGUUAGCAUGGCAGUCUACAAAUUUUUUUUUUUAGUCCUGCCCAAGCUCAUCAACAGAAAUAAUUAGUACUGCCCCAGCAAACUGUAUUCUCUCAUGUGGCAACUCUUACCAGCCCUUUCAUAGCAGGUAACAUUUUAUCUUCUGAACAGUGACUCUCUGUCCUUGGGCCCAUUUGUUAAUUCACAGAUGGGGAGAACCUCUCUGUGUGGGCCACUGUGGACCUCACCACAUCUGCCCCUGUCAUCCUGUUUCAUCCCCACUUCCUGAAAGUAUCAGCCUCUGACCCAACAGCUUGGAUCCUCUAUUGCCUCCUCCUUCCCCAACCACAAUUUAGGCCUAACUUGCUUCUUUUUCCUUCUUGGGAUCCUUUGGGUUUUGGGAAAGGGAAUGUGAAAGCUGCCAUUACAGACUACGGGCUUCAGUGAUAGGAGGAAAACACUGCCUUUCAAGCAUUUAUCAAUCCCUUAGAUUUUAAGAACCCUUCAGUUGUAUAGUACCUAAUAAAAGUGAAGGUGAGAUGGAGAAUCACUUUCUUAUUUGGGUUCUGAAUUAGAGACUAAGUUUUAUAGGACACGUCUUUUAUGCCAUGUAUAGGUCACCCUCUCCCCAAUUUUGGUUUUUAUUUUUAUAAAUUUUUCUUUUGACUCCUCUUCUGUCUGCCUUUGGGGAUAGACUCUUCUGUUUGUUUCUUCUGUUUUGUGUUAAGCAUCAUUUUCUGACUUACAUGAUGGUGAGGGAGAGAAACGUGUAAAAGAGAGUUAAAGACUUUGAUGUAAGCAGUCAGCCAUGAUGCGCAAGCCUGCUAUACCAUCUUAUUACGGUCGCUGGUACACAGUUCUGGCAUAGAAAAGAACCAAAGGUAUAAUAUUUUGUGGGCAGGCAGUUUGGAUUUUAACCAACACAUUGAAUGUAUGAUGACUAUUUGAGAGGACACAACUAUAUGACCUGACGCUCCCACUUGUAACUGGUACUACGGCUCCUUCCUUGUGUACAUUUCUCUUAAAAGUGAUACUAUAUGUUUGUAUGAGAAACCCAGUAACCAGAAAAAUGACUGCAUAUUCCUAACUAUACAUAGUAAGGAAAAUGCAAACUGUUUUUACUUUUCAAAUUUUCAUUCUAAAGUAGUUAAGAUGAAAUUUAUAUGAAAGCAUUUUUAUCACAAAAUAAAAAAAAGAUUACAUGUCAA